GACAGCUAGCAGCAGAGCUAACCGUGCUACACGGCUGGCAGCGCCGGUGUGUGGUUGUGACAGGCGAGCAGCCUGUCUGUGUUUGGGGAGGUGGUGGUGCUGUUCGCCGUUGCCCUGAAUUCAAGAGGACACCCCGGCUCUGGCCCCCUCAAGCGGGCAGUGAGGAAAAAGCUCGCCGGGAAGGGAUGGCCUGCUCGUUCUUUCCGUCCCGGCGGACAAGGCUCCGCGGUGUUUGAAGGAGGUCAGGUCCGGCUCGAGGCCGCUGUGAUGGCCGCCUCUCCUUCCUUCACGACCACCGGGCUGUCGGUCAGAAAGAGCCAAGAAUUCUUGGAUUUGAUAGAUGUAUUUUCCAAGACUCAGUACAGAGCGAAGGACGUCACUGCCCGGGUGGAAGCGAUAGAGAAGCGUUGUCUGGAGCUGUUUGCCAAAGAUUACAAGUACAGCAUCAUUUAUAACUCAAACGGAGAAGUGUGUGGCCACUACCCUCGUCAGAUCGUGUUCCUGGAAUAUGAAUGUACAGAUGUGGACAGAGACAGGUUUGAGAGCACGGUGCACAUCAGUAAGCUGCAGGACCAGGUGAACCGCAGUAAGCUGGCUCGCUGCAGAGGGAGAUUCGUCUGUCCGGUCAUCCUCUACCACGGAAAGGGGGGAGUGAUGACACUUGGACUGAGUCAGAAGUGCUACCAGAUGAUGACAGUGCAGUCAGGAAUGGAGAAUCCCAACUCUUUGACAAGGUCAGAGGUCAUGACAUCAAACUGUUGCGCUACCUCUCUGUUCGCUUCAUCUGUGACCUGAUGGUGGAGAACAAGAAAGUUAAAUUUGGUCUGAAUGUUACGUCUUCUGAGAAGGUGGACAAGGCCCAACGCUAUGCAGAUUUUACCUUGCUCUCUGUGCCUUACCCAGGCUGUGAGUUUUUUAAAGAAUACAAGGACCGAGACUACACCGCUGAGGGUCUAGUGUUCAACUGGAAGCAGGACUACGUGGAUGCUCCUUUGACAAUCCCAUCGUGCUUUACUCAGAACUUGAACAUCGACUGGACUCAGUACCAGUCAUGGGACCUUGUGGAGCAGACCCAGAACUACCUGAAGCUGCUCCUCCACAUCAUCAAUAAUGAUGAUGACAGCGGCCUCCUGGUUCACUGCAUAUCAGGAUGGGACAGAACCCCUCUGUUCGUCUCCCUCCUCAGGCUCUCCCUCUGGGCUGAUGGAGUUGUGCACACCAGCCUGGAGCCACUUGAGAUUUUGUACCUGACAGUGGCUUACGAUUGGUUCCUGUUUGGUCACAUGCUGCCAGAUCGACUCUCCAAAGGAGAAGAGAUUUUCUUUUUCUGCUUCAAUUUUUUGAAGCACAUCGUCUCAGAGAGGUUUUCUGUUAUUAAGAAACAGAGCAAGGUGACAGUAGGUGGAGAGUACCUGCAGGUGUCACCACUUGCGGUGCCCUCCACCCAGGUUAUGAUUUCAGGUGUACUGCCGUUUGUUCCUAAUGACUCGUUGGAGAAAGAGCUCCAGCGUUCUGGGAAGCUCGCCAUUGGGUUCAAAACUGAACGCACCAGAGAAAAGAUCUCUGGACGCCGGGAAUGCACACUGCUCUGA